GGACGCGCUGACGUGUCGCCGGAGCUAGCAGAGAGCGGCUAAUUUGCUUUGCGGUCACCCAUGGAAACGAAGCUGCGCGCUGAAGGGAAGUGGGCUGAGUCUGGUACACGAGUCUAAAAAGUCUCUGAGAUAAAGUCUAAUAUUUCCAGACGAGUCCCUGGUGUGUGUGGUGGUGUUGUUGGGCAGUUCUCCUCCCUCUCACGCGGACCUGCGGCGGUUCCCUGGAGUUUUCAACCGGGUUCUGUAACGUUAUUUCGGACCGGAAGUCGAAUCGGAUCGGUGGAGAACACUUUGACAUUUUUCCUCACCAAAUUGUUUUUUUAGAAGUAUUUUAAAGUAUCCAGAACUGGAUUUUGUCUCUUGUUUGGUCUAAAGGAUUGUAAUAAAUUAAACCAAACUAAAAUGAGCGAGGCAAACCAGCCGGAAAUUGAGCUGUUUGUGAAGGCAGGCAGUGAUGGACAGAGCAUUGGGAACUGCCCUUUCUCCCAGAGGCUAUUUAUGGUGCUGUGGCUUAAAGGAGUGACGUUUAACGUGACCACCGUCGACAUGAAGAGGAAGCCGGACAUCCUGAAGGACCUGGCUCCAGGGGCCCAGCCCCCGUUCCUGCUGUAUGGACGGGAAGUGAAAACGGACACCAACAAGAUCGAGGAGUUUAUUGAGGAGCACCUCUGUCCUCCUAAGUAUCCUCGCCUGGCUGCCCGUAACCCAGAGUCCAACACUGCUGGCAUGGACGUCUUCUCUAAAUUCUCUGCCUACAUCAAGAACUCCAACCCUGCCAUGAAUGACAACCUGGAGAAGGGCCUGCUAAAGGCACUGAUGAAGCUGGAUGAUUACCUCAGCUCUCCUCUACCUGAUGAGAUUGACGAGAACAGUGCUGAGGAUGUCACCACAUCAUCCCGCCCCUUCCUGGAUGGACAGGAGCUCACACUGGCCGACUGCAACCUUCUGCCCAAGUUACACAUCGUCAAGGUGGUGUGUCAGAAGUUUCGGAAUUUCUCCAUCCCUCGCUCUCUGGUGUCUCUAUGGCGAUACCUGGAUGCUGCGUACGCGCGUGAGGAAUUCUCCUCCACAUGCCCGAGUGACGCAGAGAUCCACAUCGCCUACUCAUCUGUCGUUAAAGCUCUCAAAUAAACACACAUACACACACACAUACGCAAUUUUGUAUAUAAACACACACACUCACACACACACACACACACAAGGUUUCUCAUCUGUUGGCAUUUCUGUAGCUGUUAAAGGGACGGUUCCAAAUUUGCAUCUUUGCAUAUGUUUGCAAAUUUUACAUAAGUCAUCUUGAAUGAUAUUAGAAGGUCAUCUACGUCUGCUGAAAAAUGACCGCGCUUACUUGAUCACAGGUCACUCUGGAUUAGAGGCCACGCCCCCUAAAUUUGAGUAUCGUUAUGUAACGGUUUAUUUAAGCAAAGCCGUAAUAUUGCGAGCAUUCGGGAAAUCGAGCAUUCGCUCAUGAGAUCACUGUUGCUAGGCAACAACAUGCACCCAAGCAGGAGCUAGCUAAUGACUGAAGUAAUCAUUUAUCUAACUAACACAAAGCCUUUUAUUUAUUCUGUUUUUCAUGUAGGGGAACUUUAACCUCACAGAAUCAGGGGCCUUUGUAGAGGGCGUGGCACUUCCUCCUGAAAACACACAAAUCAUACAGCUAGAUGAAGGUGAGGUAUUUGCUGAACCGUCCCUUUAACAAGCAAAGCAAUUUUGUACUAGGGAGACAUCCAGACCUGUUAGAGAGCAUGCUAGUGUUUCCAUACACACCUCUGUGUUUUUUUCUGCUUGUGCUUUCAGUGUCUCAGUUCAGUUCAUCAACUCUUUUUUUUUUUUUUGCUUCAUAUGCGCUCUAGAGAUGUCUUACGUUCCUACGCUUAGCUGAACUCAUGCAUACACAAACAUUUUCCAAACGACAGUCCAAAAAGGGGGCGGAGUUUAAGUCAAAAGUAGCCAGCCGAUCUCAAACUCAGUCAUAUGACAUCAUCACGUUACAGAUUACAUAAUUGUUAGCUAGCUAAACAUCAGACGGUUCUGGAGCGUUAAUGCUAACCGCCUGUCCUUAGCUAGAUAAAUGAAAUCCAGCUAGCUGAUUGGACUGCAGAGCGUCUGUGAGCAGGAUGUCGUUGGCUCGCACACGUUCUCUGUUCCUGUUUCGGAAACGAAACCCCAUGCAGCCGUUUGCUCAGCGCGUGGUGGUGAUGAAGCAACUGUGCAGCUAGCUUGCCUAAUAACGCACUCUUACACCAUGCACUCACUCUCACAGCAGCCGCUCCUUAUCUGAUGUGCCUUACUGCGGUAGUGCGAGAAGGAACGAAGGGUCAAACAGUUUUCUCUUAGUGAAAGGGGGCGGGGCUAUGUGGUAGCACUGUGAUUUCAGGUUUUUUUCAUACACACACACACACUGUGUUCUAGAGACACAAUAGUGUGAAGGUGUCACAUUUCUCUGCUGAGACGGAGGUGUGUGUGCUUUGAGUUACUCGGUGAGGUUGUGGGUGUUGAUCUGGUGAACCACACUGAUUCGUAUACACACACAUUCCUGCCAUCGUUUCAACACAAUGGAUCAUUUGGAAGGAGAAUAACAAAGGAAUCUGCAGGAUUGACGCUAACUCAAAAGAGAGAGAGAGAGAGAGAUUUGCCCCGCCCACUUUGCUUAUUUUUGAUUGGACGAUUGCAGAACGAUUCAAGAGUAAUGUGCAUGAUCUAUUUGUAUACUUUUAUUAGAAACAUUACUUGUAAAGUGCCAGACUGAUGAUUGGGAUUUUACUGGUUUGAAUGUUGAGCUUAGAGAAAUAAGAGCAGAUGCAGGUUUCCUGUAAAACCAGGAAGUUCGAGUGUCCACACCAGUGAGAGGAAAACCACAGAGCAAAGCCCCCUCCUCCUGCCCCUCAGCCUGUAACCUCACCGUCCGUUUCUUCUCCCUCCUCCUCCUCCUCCUCCUCUCUCUUCCUCUGCACUCUUACAUCCUUCCUCUUUCUGUGGAAGCCCGGGCGUGUACGAGCCGAUAUCAGCGCUCGUCUACAGCCACCAUGCAGGACCCGCUUCGAUCAGAUCCAGAUAAUCAGAUGGAGAUGUGUGUUGUCUUUUGUAUUCUUUUUUUUUAUAAGUACACAAAUCCAUGUGCCUUAAUAAAGAACCUUUAAAAAUG